UUCAUUUCUCCAUCCUAUCCUUGUAGUAGUGUCCCUCUAGGUAUUCUCCACCUAGUUGUAUUUUAGAAAAGAGGAGGAGUGUGAGAGUAGAAGAGAGGAGCCGGGCUUGUCGGAAUCUCCUCAGCUUUUGUACCUCUACGGAUCUGCUUCAACUCGAGUUGCUUCCAGGUUAUCUUUCGAUAUUUAUGAGUUUAUUAUUUGUCUAAAUUCAGUUUUUGCUUUACUUUACUUACGGGAAUUCCGCUCGACCAAGUGCUCUAGUCCAGGUACUGGGUUAGAGUAGUAAUUGUUAGCAUAGACGUGGUGUCUAGGCUAGUGUUUACCUGAGUUUGCGCUCAACCCCACGGAUAGUUGUGGUAGCCCCAGAGGUGACAGCUCCGACCAGGCCUUUGCAUUCCACCACGUUCGGGUUGGUGUUUCGUAGGGCUGUUAGCGACCUGACCCCGAUCACCUUUUCCCAGUCUUUUCGAGGAUCGGAAAGGUACUGUCGCUCCGAAGUAAGCGAAGUUUAGUGAGCCUGACCUUUUAGCAUCUAAUAAUCCCAGGAAUACCUUAGGAGACCCUCUCUUCCUACAAAAACAUCCUUUCUACCUUCUCUUUGGUUGACUUUUGCCCCUCUCUAGUUCACUUCUCGUUCUCCGUUGAAAUCGAUACCUUGGAAUACUCCGGGUGAAAGCUACAUCGGUAUCCGUGCGCUUGCGGAUUUGUUUGUUUGCGUUAACAAAUACCAACAAGCUUUCUGGCGCCGUUGCCGGGGAAUGGUAGCUGUGCCAGAAUCGAACCAAGUCAUCCAUGUAUCCUUUUUCAUUUUACCACCACCACUUUCACCUCACCACAUCCAUCAACCACCACCCAUCACAUGGAUUCCACUCCUAUUCAUCAGUUCUCCGCACCAAAGGGCGAGUUCUUAGAGCCACCACAAUCAUCUAAGCCUAUCACAGCUCCUGGCUAUAAACUCUGUCAUGGCUUUAUAGCCAUGGUUCGGGACCAAUCCUUUUCUGGGCACGAAGAUGAAAAUCCUUAUACCCAUCUUCGGGAAUUUGAGCAUUUGUGUUCUUGCCUUCAUAUUGAAGGUAUGGAACAUGAGACCAUUAAAUGGAAGUUGUUUCCGUUCUCCCUUUUGGGAAGAGCGAAGACAUGGUAUGCUCAUACCGUUGGUGGAGUUAUUGGAAAUUGGGACGAACUUCAGGACAAUUUUUAUCUCGCUUUCUUCCCUGAUUCCCAAGUUGGUGCUCUUCGUAUAGAAAUUCUCACCUUCCGACAUAAAGAGAAAGAGACUCUAGGAGCAGCUUGGGCUAGAUUCACAGACCUUAUAAAUACCGGCCCAGACCUUUCUUUGCCUAACCACGUCCUUUUGAAUCACUUCCAUCUUGGUCUAAGCAAAGAGGCUGUUGAUUACCUAGAUAUUUCUUCUGGAGGCUCGUUCAAGCACAUGACCAUUAGUGAGGAGAAGGCCAUCCUUAAAAAAAUCCUUGAAAAUACCCCUUACACCGACAUAUAUGACGAGUCCCCUGAAGAAAUAGUGGAGUCAAGCCCCGACCAACAAGAGGAGGCACCCGCAACCGAAUUUGAAACUCCUUCAAAUCCUUUUCAUAAUCCGGUUGUUGCGGUACCUCCCAAUGAGGAGACAUGUCAAAUUUUGAGGGAUGAUGAAUCCCAUCCUUUUACAUGGCCCUUUGAAUUUGAGGACGACCUUUUUCUUGAUGUUGAUUUUGGGAAUACUUUACAGGUUCCUAGUUCAACAUCAUCAUAUGCCUUGAAUUCCUAUAUGAGACAUCAAAAGCACUCGCAUCACAUAGAGGGAGAAUCAAUUGUUAUAGAAGACAUUUCUAUGCCUUCUCCCUCUAUGCCCACACUUGAUGUCUCAUCAAAAUCCAAACCUAGGGGAGAGCUUGAGACAAUCUCCGCAAUAACCAUAUCCUAUCCUAGUUUUGCGGAGGAUUCGAUUUGUCUUGAGAAAGAAAGUGCUCCCCGUGAAGCGGAAGAUUUUAUCGAUGAGCGUGGAAGUUACGUCCUAAACGUCCCAUCCAUUCCAUGCUCUUAUGAAAAAUCUCCCGACACGAUCCAUAGCUCUGCCAUGUCAUACAAAACCUACAACCCCCUCUUGCUCUCUGUUCAUAAAAACUUUGAAAGGGUUGUUGUAGAUGCUUUUGUAUAUUACAAGUUUUGUAGAUCCCGUUGUGUUUUGGCAUGAGCUUUACAGGAUCAUCCGUAAAGGUACCGUUGGAGGGGAAACCACUUCACCAACUCUGGAUUCAUUUUGAAAGGUUUCCCAAAGAUGAGCUUUCGUCUUUAAACAAAGCACUUUCGGGAGAUAACCCGUCCUUUACAUUUUACCUUUUAUAAAAUUGCUCUUUCAAAAAAAAUUUAAAAAAUGAGUCCAAUAAAUUUGACUCCCUGGUGUUCCCCACCAGAAGAGUCCUUGUUGUUUUCACCUGUUUCUGUCUUUGAAUAAAAAGCAGGUAUAGCUCGAAAGAAGUGUGGGGGUGUGCAACACCUCCAUUGAAGGACAAAAGGCACCGAACCACAUCAUGAACUAGUGGAGGAGCAUGUACACAACUUGGUUUGAGCAUUUACUUCCCACCUUUUCAUAUGCAUUCUCCUUAUUCUAUACUAAAAGGAACCAAAGUCCACACUUAGAUUUAAAAUCUGAAAGUAAAUUUGGAUAUAGCUCUUUAAGUAUGGACAGCAUAAAUUUUGUUCCUUUCAUAUCCUUAGUGCUUGUGGGAAAAACAUAUAGGAAAAACAUAUUGCCUAAGUUGUUGUGAAGUAAGAUAUGGCUUUGGCAUGGAAAUCCAUCCUUUUCUAUUCAAAGUACUUGGAGAGUUUUCUUUUGCUAAAAUAUAUAAAAAAACCAUAAUCUCACAUACUCCUCAAUGGUAACAGAAAUUCCUACCAAGGCCAAAUAUCAUGUUACAUUAUGAAAGCCUCCUACUUUUGCUGCUUGUUAUUGCUUUGAGCCUUGUCAUGCUUUGUUGACCCAUGUCAAGAAAUUUGUCAUGCUUUUAAAAUCAGGAUCACGUACACGCCACCAAAUAUUUGCACUACUCCUACACCGGGAAAAGGCGCAAGACAUACAUUCCACUUAGGAUCCACCAAAAAAAAGGUUCUACUCCUACACCGAGAGUGAACAAAAAUAUCUCGGUUAGGCUCUACCAAAACAAAUGCUCCAAAUAUGUAUGAUCUCUCUCUCAAAAGUUUUGUAGUGAAAAGAGACAUGGGGCUAUCAUAAAAAAAUGAUGAAAGAAAAAAAAAGAGACACAAAAAAAAAGAAAAAAAACUGUGAUAGCCCAUGUUCUCACAAAAGGUUCCCUCAAAGUCUCAAUGAAGAGAGAGAUGAGUUUCAAAGUGCAUAGUAGAAUUAGGAUAGCCACUUUAUAUCCGCACACUUGCACAUCUUGGUUUGAUUGUAUGGCAUUUUUCUCCAUGGAUCCAUUGUUUGACUUAGCAAAAUAUACAAUGCAAGUAUGCCUUGAAACUUUCCCUACCUGAGCUCCACAUAAGCUUUUUAGAAGUAGGUAGAAAAAGAAGGCAAUCCCAAAAUGCCUUGUAAGGAAACAAACACUUAAGUGAUUUGAGAGUACCAUUUGAGGAGUGCAUGUGAACCAUGCUUUAUUUCGAAAAAAAAUCUCCCCAAGUUACUAAGAUGCGAAAAUGGAAUGAGAUGGCUAUGUUUCAGAGCUAUUUCAUUUCUCAACCGCUCAAGAAAAUAUGUCAGCCACUUCACAUAUCCCGCAGGUAUGAGGUAUGUUUUGGGAUAAUCUUUAUGAUAGUUCGAUAUAUUGAAUUGUUAUGUUUAUGUUUACUUUAUCUUCAACCUUUACUCGAGACGAGCAAAGAUCCAAGUGUGGGGGAACUUGUUGACGGUCAUUAUCGCAUAAAAUUUGACCAUCAAAGUAAACUAAAAUGACAACAUUCCAUGUCACAUCAUAACAAAAAUAUUAUUUAUCUGACGAGUUCCACGAGUUUCGAUGUUCCCAAGUGUUUUGCAGGAAUCUCUAAUUUUCACAGGUAAAACUUAUCUCAAAUGGGAGAACAAGGUACACCAAUGCGAAAAGCUCGUCGCGCUGAUCAAAAUGAACAUAUAAUUUGCUAUUUUUGGAGCUCCCGAUAAAAAGAUAUGAAUUUCCCAAAUUAAAAAGGAGUGCUGAUGUCAGCACCCCGGGUCAACGCAGCGCGUGCAACGGAGCCGGCCAGCCCCCGUGCGACGCGUGGCAAUGCGGUUCAAACCGCGCGCGCACGUUAGCGGGAGGGAGAGGCGCGCCGCACCUCUCAGACUGGCCAGGCGGGCCCGCGGGUAGGCGCUCCCGCGCGGGGAGGCGAUGGCGCGCGCGGUGCCCCGCCAAACUGGCCUGCAUGGCCACGUGGCGACCAGCAACUGGGGCGCGGGAGGUGGUUGCCGGCCCAGACGCGGGGAGGCGCGGCUCGCCCCCGGUUUUAGCCGGUUUAGGUGCCCGGAAGUCCGGUUUUCAUCCCAGAAGUACAUUGCAGCGCCUAUUUCUCUCGGUUUAGCUCUGGUUCUCGCCCCUGGAGCACGGUUUUUGUCCGAUUUUCACUACAGGUCGGUGGAGGACGAUGUUACCGACGCCAGGGAGGUCGGUUGCAUGCAGGGAGGACCGUGGCAUGCAAGAAAGCUAUUAGGAAUAUUCCUAGCACCUCUCCCCCUAUAGAUAGAGGACAUUUCCUCCUCCCACAACACACACCUACACAAUUGAGCUUCAUUUCUCCAUCCUAUCCUUGUAGUAGUGUCCCUCUAGGUGUUCUCCACCUAGUUGUAUUUUAGAAAAGAGGAGGAGAGUGAGAGUAGAAGAGAGGAGCCGGGCUUGUCGGAAUAUCCUUAGCUUUUGUACCUCUACGGAUCUGCUUCAACUCGAGUUGCUUACAGCUAGAUAUCAUGAAUUUAAUCCAGAAAUUGGUGAUGGAGGGAGCCACAACACCAAGCUAGCUGCAACAUCAAGAAGAGGCUCCCAAGGUCGAGCUUUUGACCAUAAACAAGCACUGCCGGGAGGUAACCCGUAUUUUUUUUCUAGUAUUCUAUUUUUUUCCUUCUUUUUCAAAAACAAAAAUAAAUAAAUAAAUAAAUCUUUACUUUCCAAUAAAAUAAAGUUGAAAAGAGCUUCAAGACCUAAUUCUAGGACUCCCACCCUUCGGGUAUUCUUGUCAUGUAUGUGGUUGGGGCACACUUGUGUGCCAACCACACCCCUAUUCUCAUAUUCUGCAAAGUACUCAGUGAUUUGCAGCACACAUAACCAAAGGAGAGUACCAGAAAAAGUUGAGAGCAAUUCACUGCAGAAAAGACCGGGAGGCCAAAUCUAGGCCGACCGGCAUACCAAUUCUGUGAUCUGCAGCAACGCCCAACGGAUUUGUGAUACACGCAGCACAACGGACACAACGUAACAGGCCAUUUGCAAAACGGUGGAGGAUCAGGCCAAGGACCUCGGGGUGGAAGAAACAAAACCCCAGGGGGUUAUGUGAAUAGACUGUGACUCAUAUGAAUAGUGCCACUAAGGACUCCUUUGUAAUUUUUGCAGUGAACUUUGA